AAACAUAAACAUAAACAUGAUCAAAUGACAAAACUUUUGAGUUUACACCAUGAGAAGUCAAAAUUUUUUGUGAAUAACACCUACAUUUCUUACAGUAUGGUUAACUGACACAUUAUGAUGGAUUUUCAAGAUGGAUUGUUUGCGGCAUCAUUAGCUCUUUUCUAUUCAUUCAUAUUCCUGAUAUAUUCCACAGUGGGAAAUUUACUAGUUGGUCACAAGACCAGUAAGGCUGAAGAUCUUCUCUACCCUUUUUCAAAAGACUUCAGACGCCAUUUCGGGACUAGAGAACGCCCGUUCAUGCUUUAUGUCCUUUAUUACAUCAUAUUUUUUGUUUUGUUGGCUCUUUUCUCUUCACAGAUAAUGACUCUACGGCGCAGUUUCCGAACUUGGAUAGACAAAUUGAUGGGCACAGAACCUCCCAGAGUUACCGUAGUGUCACCAGUGACUUCUCACACGUCUGUCAGUGAACCAGAAGUGAGUGGGGGAUCUACAAGUCAAUUGGAAAGUGUAUCUAACACUUCUGUUGCUGGAAAAAGUUCUAAAUCUAAGAAAAAGAAGACAAUGAAAAAGAAGGAAGAAAAUAAAAAGCCAAAAGCUCCCAGCGUAAUGAGGUCUUCUGUGGUGGAUCCUAAGAAUCAAGUCAUUCCGCCUAUUCCAAGACUUUCUGUAAGGGAAGACACAUCUGAAAAGCUAAGUCGAGUCCUCUUAAAACUAGAUUCCAUUGAUAAUGACCAACAUGAUGAUAAUAAAACUACGCCUAGAACACCUCCAGACACUGUAAGAUUCAAAUAACCAACAACAACAAUCAUCAAAUUUCUUCUUUCCCAAGUAUUUUGUGUUACAAGUAUAUCCUAAUAAAUACAGCUACAUACACAGAU